AUGGCCGUCCGCGGUGUGAUCUCGUACUGGUGGCUACCGAUAUUUCCCGCCUGCGUGUGGUUGGGCAUGCUGCUCGGGAUGCUGCUGUGGUGGUUCGUGACCGUGGACAUGGACCGCAGCCGGCUGCCCUCGCUCGACCGCGACAUGUAUCUGCCCUACAUCAGCGACAUUGGCGCCUUUACGCUCAAGCCCCUGUUCAUCGCCGGCUCCGUCGUCACCACGGUCACGUUCGACCUGUCCUUUGCCGCCGAGCGCUGGCUGCGGCACAAGGGUCGCCUGGUGCCCAACCAGACCGUCCUGGAAAAGGUGCUCGUGGUCCUGACCAUUCUCUUUGCCGUUGUCGGCACCGUGGGCCUCAUCUGCCUCAGCAUCUUCGACACGUACCGCCACCCCAAGCUGCAUGAUAUGUUCCUGCUCCUCUUCAUCGGCGGCUAUCUCAUCUCGGCCAUCUUCAUCUGCUGGGAGUACCAGCGCCUGGGCAUCCAACACCGCGAGCACCGUGUCCUCCGCGCCUCGUUCUGGGUCAAGCUCACCUUCAUCUUCCUCGAACUCGGCCUGGCCAUUGCCUUUGGCGUCCUCACCUUCACCGACAGGAAGAACAUUGCCGCCUACUUUGAGUGGAUCAUUUCCCUCAUCUUCACAUUCUACGUCCUGUCCUUUGUCAUCGACCUGUGGCCCGCGCGCCGGACAAAGAGCCGCAGCAUGCGUUUCCAGAAGCCCACGAGCCCGCGGGAGAUGGAGGAGAGCGAGGCCAGUUUGCCGGGUCGGGUGCACGGCCCCAACACCAAUGGCCACUUUUAA